UUCACUUCACUUCAAGGAGGUUCUCUAAGUGGAUAACAUAAAGAAAGAAAAGAAGCUCGUCUGCAACAAACCUAAACCAGUCGGACUAUUGUUUUGCAUUUUUCUCUUACGGAUCAUACUAAAACAAAGUCUGCGAACAUGCCUGUGUCAAGAAUGAGGAUGAGACCAUGGCUGGAGAAGAUGAUCGAGUCCAACUCCAUCGCGGGUCUGACUUGGGUGGACAAGGAUAAGACAAUGUUCUCUAUUCCCUGGAAGCAUGCAGCUCGCCAUGGAUGGGAGCUGGACAAGGACGCAUGUCUGUUCAAAGAAUGGGCCAUCCACACAGGAAAAUACACUGAGGGCCAGAUUUGUGACCCAAAGACGUGGAAAGCCAACUUCCGCUGUGCAAUGAACUCACUGCCUGACAUCGAGGAGGUAAAAGACAAGAGCAUCAACAAAGGACACCAAGCUAUGCGCGUCUUCAGGAUGCUGCCUGCCACCCCAAAAGCCAGAGAUAAACGAAGCAAGACAAAGGAAACAAAGCAAAGGAAGAAGGUCAAGCUGGAGGAGGAUGCAGACUACAGUGAUACUCAGUCUCCCAUGGAUGCAUCAGUGCCAGAAGAAACCAUGUCCACACAGGAAAACACAAUCGACAGCACAGUGUACACAGAGCAGCAAGAUUUCUCAUAUAUUGGUCAAGCCGAAGUUCCUGACUGGUCUUUGUCAGUUGAGAUUGGGCCUGACAGCUUCCCACACAGUUUGGACCACAGACUGGAAGUGUCACCUGAACAGAGCCCCGAUUACGACUAUACUGACGACAUUAUUGAGAUUUGCCAGCAGCUGGAGAAAGACACACAUUGGAUUGGAAGCAGUUUAGACGGCAGGGGGUUCCUGAACAAUGAAGCAUGCACCAGUCCAGGGAGCCAGUGGAGUGAAUCUUCCUCAGACGAAGUAGACGACCUGCCGCAAUACACAACUUUGGGCUCAGACUUCACAUGUCCUGCAGACGACUUCUGGAGCACCUUUUGCCCUCCAAUACUGUGAGGGACAGGACAAUGCUUUGACAUUUUGAACUUUUAUGAGGCUAUUCCUGCCUUCCAUCCUUCCCUAUCUGAGCCAUACUCUGCUGAAUCAACUAAUAUCAACGCUCCAGUCUGUGACUGGCGGUGCCCACACUUUAGGCUACAGCAUCACGCAUUGCCUCCACACGUCGUGCAGUGGUCCCAGUUCGAGUAAAUGCUCGUCUCCCUCAGCAUUUAUGUGAAGAAAAGGGGUACUGUUAAAGGAAGUGCUGUUCAUUAUCCAUGUUUUUGGCUGGUUCAAAGCAUUGCGUUCCUCAUGUUUUUGUGAUAAUGGGAUGUAACAAAUCAUAAAUACAUUUUACUCAGGCAGGGAACUGUCAUCAUCAUAGCCUACUAUGAAUAUCUACAGGACAGCUGCAACUUCACAAAGCUAAUAGGUCUCUAUACCAUAAACUUACCAUUUGACUGGUAGCUAAUGUAUAUGAAGUACUGAUCAUAAAAUACAUUUUUCCGUUAUGUGUUAAAGUGGAUUUGACUUAGGGGUGACAGAUAACCAAAUGUGCUGGUGAAAGCUCUACUUCAUUAUCAUGCAGUUUUUUGGUCUAAAGAUAGUUGUCAAAGAUUUCUGUAUAUAGCUGUUUAUUUGUGUGUUUUUGUAAAAUAAA